AGGUAGCAAUGGGCAAACAAACUUGGAAAAAUAAAGAUAAUUUCAACAAGUUCUCCAGUCUGAAAGUAGACAAGGCUUUCCAUACAUCAUGGGAUAAAAAGAAGGAAGAGCGGGAGAAACUGAAACAAGUUAAAUUGAUGGAGCAAGAGUUGAAAGAGGAAGCACAGAAAGAAGAAGAUGCUCGGAAGGAGCGACGCAGGAAGAAAAUCGAACAGAAGAAAAAGAACGAGCAGAAAUCUAUGGUAGUGCAACCGAUCACAAAUUCCAAGAAAUUGAAGAAGUUGACGAAAAGGCAGAGAAAACAGCUAGUAAUGAUGGCAACCGCUUGAGUUUUAAAUUGAAUUUGGUGCUGUUGAAUUUUUAAACUUGUCUCUGUUUACUUUGCUCGAUUAGAAAUUAGACUUGUGAAUCGCACGUUUAAUUGAACAAACUAGCAUGUAUUCUGAGAGCAAAUGGCUGUAAAUUGGCAACAUCACGGGUUGCCUAUCUUAGCGAAUUUGAUUCAAUUUCAGGUAGUCAACAUGAGUAUAUCGGCUGUGAAGGGUCCGAAUAAUGACAAAAAAAUGAAUACGAUACUAGAUAAUUCAGCAGGUAAUGAUUCUGGUUUCAGAGGUCGAAAACGACAGAAAUCGGUUGAUAAGUACAAGAGGAAAGUGACUUCAAGUUACAUUGAUUUGAAUGGAUCUGAAGAUGAUAGUUCCGAUAGUUCAAGAAGUGCUUCAGGAAAAUCUUCUUGUUCAUCAUCCUCAAGUGGCAGGUCGAAAAGUGCAACCAAUAAACACGGAAAACGUCAGGUGACACCAGAGCGCAAGCAAAAGCGAAGCUCAAAAACACCCCCACGCAGGUUCUCGAAGCAGAAGUUCAGAAACCCUGUCAAGAACGAACCGAAAAUUACAAAAAUGUCGCUGGCUAAAAGCAGGCACAUGAAUAGAAUACGGUACGCACUGAGUCCCAUUUCAGGACGCAAGUUGUACCCCCUGGAACCGAACAAGAGUAAUCAACCUGUGUAUGCUAGUUCAGGCAAGCUGGGUAGCCGAGUAACUGCUAGCGGAAUCAAGUACACAUUUCUUCUGGAAAAAGUAUUACAAGCGCAACUAAACUCCGCUGCAACCUCUGAACAUUCAGACUCGAUGGCAGCCGCCGAUGUGAUGAGCUCAAGUCUUGCAGUGUCUUUAGCGAAAGAGAAGUCUUGUCCGAUCAUUCCUCAAGAUAGGUCAAAGAAUAAAUCCAUGAAUACAAGUUGUUCAAAUGAUGUGAAAAACAUCGCUGAAGUGGAAGGUAAAGAAGUUGGCCGAGCUGGUCAAUAUAUGGAUUCUACAGGCGUUCCUUUGAUUCAGAAUCAUGGAAACCAUCUGAGUCCUUACCACUCAAUGGUACCGAAUCAUAUGUUUCCGCAAUUGAUGCAUCAACACAUGGCCUAUAUUCAACAACCAUCUCAGCAAGAACUAAAUGCAAACACGAGUCAUUUACCGAAAUUGGUAAGAAGAUGCCAGGAUGCUCCGGUGGAUCAAAAGAGCUCAUUGGAUGUUCCGAUUGGUUAUCACGGGUUGAGCUUCAAUGGGGGUAUAGGAAUGAUGCACCCAGCUUUCGUGCAUCCUCAUUAUGCACAAGGUCAUCCUUUCAUGCCUUCGAUUCCCAUGUGCCAAGGGCCAUGUUGCAGGAUUCCCACAGCAAGUGUGAUAGAUUAUUGCUCAGUUACAGCCGCAAACCACCAGAUUUGCUCUGACCAUGUGAAAACUGGCUCAGCAAAUGAGGCAAAGGAACAGUCCAAAGUCAUUCACGGACCGAGAAAUGAAAUGAAGGAAGAAUGAUUAGAAAUGUGUGCGAUUUUGUGUUGUCUAUCUUUAUUUGUUUUGUUUCUGUUAAUUUGUAAAAUAUGUAAAUUGUUGAUAUGUUAAUGUUUACAAAUUUUAAGUUGAGUUCUUGUUGUAGUUAAUUUAUAGUUGAACCUUUA